GCCGCUCGACUGCUCGGCUUUCUAUUUCUCCCUCUCGACGAAGAGCAUGAAGAAUGGUCAACAAGCGAUUUGCAACGAGUAAAUCAUUCGAUAAAUUGUAAUAUUGAGCGAUACGAUGCGAAUUAUUUAACGCAAAAAAUCUUCGAAGAACGUUUCGCAUAUAUUGAACCAGUUGUUAUAUUCAAUAUAAAAAAUAAUAAAUUUUCUUAUGAAACAAGAAAAAGAAAUUUAUUAAAAAACUGGAAAAAUGCAGGAAUAACACUGAAUUCAGCGAAUAGUUACUCAUACAAACGUGUCGCAACGACGUUAAAUGAUUAUGUAAAUAAGGAAAUGAAAGCACAGAAAAUGGAUAAAUUGGGCAAUGAAACGUUAAUUUUAUUUGGUGAUAUUGAUGGUGAGAUUUGGGGUGAUUUACUAAACGAUUACAAUUUACCAAAAUGGUUUUUACCGAAUUAUUUUCCGGCAUUAAGCUUUGGCAUUGCUGCUUCACGGACUGGGGUGCCGUUUCAUUUCCACGGACCCGUUUUUGCUGAGGUGAUUCACGGUAGCAAAUUAUGGUUUCUUUAUCCGUUCAAUAAUCGUCCAGAAUUCGAUCCGGACGAGUCGUCAUUUAAAUGGUUCAUCGAAAAAUAUCCUGAUCUGAAAGGAGAUCAACGCCCAUUGCAAUGCUUGUUGCGUCCUGGCGAAAUACUUUAUAUUCCAGAUAAAUGGUGGCAUGCAACAUUAAAUGCGGAAACAUCUGUUUUUAUUAGUACUUUCCUCAGUCCUUCGUGA